AUGUUGGAAAAUUAUGUUGAUAUGGGAAAACUGAUAAUAGUAGGGGAUUUUAAUCUAGAUGUUAGCAGUGAUAAAGACCGUUAUGCUCAUAAAUUAGUAGAGGAAUGUGCGUUGUUUGGACUAAAUCAGUUGGUUAAAGUGCCAACGAGAUCAACUUUAACAUCGGAUACUAUAAUUGAUCUCGUGUUCUCAAAUUUUUAUCCGUCAAUUGAAGUACUAACCACACCAAGAGUAUCUGAUCACAAUAUUAUUGUUAUAAAUACUCAUGUUAUUGUUGAACAAGAAAAUAUUAUUGAAAAAUUUAAUAUGAGCGUUACAUAUGCUCUUGAUGUGGUGGCGCCAAAAGUAACGAAAAUUCUUAAACCGAAAAUAAAAGAUAAAAAAUGGAUCACAAAGGAUUUAAUAGAAAAAAUGAAGGAAAGAGAUCGUUUAUUUUUUCUAUCGAAAAACUCUGGUAUUAAGAAAGAUAUUGAUGAAUAUAAAAGACUAAGAAAUUAUAUUGUUGAUGAACUAAGAAAACGUAAAAGACAUUACAAUGAUGAUAAAAUAGAUGCAAAUAAAAGUAAUGGUAAAAUUCUUUGGAAACAGUUAAAAGAUCUGAUAGGAAAUGAAAGGGCUCAAACUUCUAUAGAUGGUAUUGAAAUUGAUGGUCGAAUUGUAAAUGAUAAUUUAGUGAUCUCCAAUGAAUUCAACCAUUACUUUGUUGAUAGCAUUGAAAAAAUUCUUAAUAGUAUAGAUUGUAUUUCACUUCAUUAUGAGAAUAAUGAUAAUAGUGAUAAUCAGAAGUGGGAUAAAUUUGAUAGUUUGGAUGAAAAUGAUGUAGAUAAGAUUGUAAAGAGCUUGGAUGAUAAAAAAGGAUACAAUAAUGAUGUCAAUUCAGUAAUUAUGAAAUAUUUAUGGAAUGUCGAUAGGAAUAUUUUGUUAAAUAUAUUGAAUGGAUCGCUAAAGUCUGGUGUUGUUCCAGGAAAUUUAAAAGUUUCUGUUAUAGUGCCGAUACAAAAAAUUAAAGAUAGCAUAAAAAUAUCAGAUUUUAGACCAAUUAAUACCCUGCCGGUUAUUGAACAGGUCUUAGAAAGCAUUGUGAAAUCUCAGCUAGACAAAUUCAUUGAUAAAAAUAAAAUACUUAACGUGGAACAAUCUGGUUUCAGAAAAGGGCAUUCAUGUGAAACAGCCAUGCAGUGCUCUUUGAUCGACUGGAGAAAAAAUAUUGAUGAUGGAAUCUAUAUGUUUGGACACACUGACUGUAUGGCUUAA